AUGGAGAAAUCUCGGGAAAGCGGUUUCUUGUUCUGUAAUUUGUGUGGAACGAUGCUGGUCUUGGAAUCAGCCAAGUAUGCAAAAUGUCCACUAUGCAAGACAACCCGAAAUGCUAAAGAAAUCAUUAGCAAGGAAAUAUCUUACACAGUAUCUGCUGAGGAUAUCAGAAGAGAACUAGGAAUAUCUCUGUUUGGUGAAAAAACGCAGGAAGAAGCUGAGCUACCAAAGAUCAAAAAGGCGUGCGAGAAAUGCCAGCAUCCUGAGCUUGUAUACACAACCAGACAGACUAGAUCGGCGGACGAAGGACAGACGACAUACUAUACUUGCCCUAAUUGUGGACAUAGAUUCACAGAAGGUUGA